AUGGGGAAGAGUCCACGUGGCUGCGCGGAAGGAGGAGGGCUGAACAGAGGAGCAUGGACGGUUCAAGAGGACAAGUUACUGACUUCUUACAUUGAGACACACGGCCAAGCCAGAUGGACACGCAUCCCUAAAGGAGCUGGCUUGAAUAGGAGUGCCAAAAGCUGUAGGCUCAGAUGGUUGAACUAUCUCAGGCCUGGUAUUAAAAGAGGCGGCAUCACACAAGAUGAAGAAGAACUCAUCGUUAGGCUUCAUAAGCUUCUUGGUAACAGGUGGUCUCUCAUAGCUGGAAGGCUACCUGGCCGAACAGACAAUGAAAUCAAGAACUACUGGAACACCACUUUGGCAAAAAAGCUCAGGACACGGGCAUGUUCAAUAUCUGAACAACAUGGAACAAUGAGAUCAGCAGUAAGCAAUAAGCCUGAUGUGACUCAAACACGAGUAAUCCGUACCAAGGCUGGUAGAUGCAAGAACGUGGUCAUUCAAUAUCCCCAGAGUGCGAAGGAAAAAUCAUUAGCUUCGAGCGAGCAGCAGAUUUAUGAAGCUCACCAUCUAAUUGCCACUGAUGCGUUCUUAAACCAGUGUCAGGGUUCAGAACCUCAGCUUUCACAUGAAAAUCACGAUUCGUCAGAUGUGAGUUUGUGGAGUCCUGGAAUAAGAGACGAGUUUCUGCAUCAACUAAAUGAAGCAGACUUUUGUUCAUACUUCAACCUUGACGAACUUAUGGUCAGUUGGGCCACUAGUGGAAUACUCGAUGAGGACACCGUCACUGUGGAUCUAGAUAUGGCCCUCAUGGAUGGCCCUGACUUCGUUUAAUUUAAUGUGAAGCUGCUAGCCUCAUCAUUAAUUCCUCUUCUGGCUUGUUUCUGAUCGUCUGUUUUUCCUGAGUGACGUAUCUCUGGAUAUCUGAUCAAUAUCUUUUAUGAAGGACGUAAAUUGAGCCUUUUGACUUGUAAUCUGUAAUGUACGGUGUUUUUGUCUAAUGUACGAUGUUUUUCUUUGAGGGAGAAUGAAUCACAUUC